GAUUCCUGGAGAAGCUGCAGUGUGGGGAUGCUCUAGACCGAGUACUGCCCUCGGUGUCUUUUCACCUCCUCUUUCUGCAGCGGCGGCGGCGGCGGCAGCGGCUGUGGCAGCAGCACUUAGCAGCGGCAACUUGAGGCUGCACCCCGGGCCAGCCCCCCAGGGUGGUGCUCAACUGAGAGGGGGGCUCAGCGCCCCAAGGGGUGUGUGUAGGGUGGGGGUGGCCAGCUGGGACCAGCUGGUGACCCUGAGAAACCUCCCACACACCCACACCCACACACCCCUUUUGUGUUGCAGGCUGCCCCUCCAAGAGCAGAGGCAGCAAGAGGACGUGUGUGUCUUGCACAGGUCCACGCGGGGAGAGCAGUGGGGACGGAGACCGGCACCACCUUCUGGUCCUCCAGGGAAAACAGGAAAACGAGAACCAGCAAGGCUUGAGGGACAAACUCCGGGAUUGAGAUUGGAAGACUGUUCAUUUGCCUAUUGCUUCAUUCCUCGACAUUGCAUUACAACUGCCUAAUUAAGUUUAAAUUCAAGAUUAGACCAGAUGUCUCUUGCUUCUCUCAGAAAAUAAAAGAGGAAAAGAAUCUGAAAGAAGAAAAAUACCCCAGAAUUCCUAACAGAACAAUCCACCUGAACUUAAAAUGGUGAGCGAGAGUCAUCAUGAGGCGCUGGCCGCCCCGCCAGUCACUACUGUUGCAACGGUUCUCCCACAUAACGCCACAGAGCCGGCGAGUCCGGGUGAAGGAAAGGAAGAUGCCUUUUCUAAGCUGAAGGAGAAGUUUAUGAAUGAGUUGCAUAAAAUUCCAUUGCCACCAUGGGCCUUAAUCGCCAUAGCCAUAGUUGCUGUCCUUUUAGUGCUGACCUGCUGCUUUUGUAUCUGUAAGAAAUGUUUGUUCAAAAAGAAAAACAAGAAGAAGGGAAAAGAGAAGGGAGGAAAGAAUGCCAUUAACAUGAAAGAUGUGAAAGACUUAGGGAAGACCAUGAAAGAUCAGGCUCUAAAGGACGAUGACGCUGAAACAGGAUUGACUGAUGGGGAAGAGAAAGAAGAACCCAAAGAAGAGGAGAAAUUGGGGAAACUCCAAUAUUCACUGGAUUAUGAUUUCCAGAAUAACCAGCUGCUGGUAGGGAUUAUCCAGGCUGCUGAGCUGCCCGCCUUAGACAUGGGGGGCACAUCGGAUCCCUAUGUGAAAGUGUUUCUGCUGCCCGAUAAAAAGAAGAAAUUUGAGACAAAAGUCCACCGAAAGACCCUUAAUCCUGUCUUCAAUGAGCAAUUUACUUUCAAGGUGCCCUACUCAGAAUUGGGUGGCAAGACCCUGGUGAUGGCCGUGUAUGAUUUUGAUCGUUUCUCUAAGCAUGACAUCAUUGGGGAAUUUAAAGUCCCCAUGAACACAGUGGAUUUUGGUCAUGUAACUGAGGAGUGGCGUGAUCUGCAAAGUGCUGAGAAGGAAGAGCAAGAGAAAUUGGGUGAUAUUUGCUUCUCCCUUCGCUACGUACCGACUGCCGGCAAGCUGACUGUUGUCAUUCUGGAGGCAAAGAACCUGAAGAAGAUGGACGUGGGUGGCUUAUCUGAUCCUUAUGUGAAGAUCCAUCUGAUGCAGAAUGGCAAGAGGCUGAAGAAGAAAAAGACAACAAUUAAAAAGAACACACUUAACCCCUACUACAAUGAGUCAUUCAGCUUUGAAGUACCCUUUGAGCAAAUCCAGAAAGUGCAAGUGGUGGUAACUGUUUUGGACUAUGACAAGAUUGGCAAGAACGAUGCCAUCGGCAAAGUCUUUGUGGGCUACAAUAGCACCGGGGCGGAGCUGCGACACUGGUCAGACAUGCUGGCCAACCCCAGGCGACCCAUCGCCCAGUGGCACACCCUACAGGUAGAGGAGGAAGUUGACGCCAUGCUGGCAGUCAAGAAGUAAAGGAAAGAAGCCUUUCUGCGUUUGCCCACAUAGUGCUCUUUAGCCAGUAUCUGUAAAUACCUCAGUAAUAUGGGUCCUUUCAUCUAUCCAGCCAUGCAUUCCUAACACAAUUCAGUGGUACUUCAAAUCCUGUUUUAAUUUGCACAAAUUUAAAUGUAGAGAGCCCCUAAGUCCUUCAUCAUGCCACUGCCCUCCAAAUCUACUCUUCUUUUAAGCAAUAUGAUGUGUAGAUAGAGCAUGACUGAAAUUAUUUAUUGUAUCACACUGUUGUAUAUACCAGUAUGCUAAAGAUUUAUUUCUAGUUUGUGUAUUUGUAUGUUGUAAGCGUUUCCUAAUCUGUGUAUAUCUAGAUGUUUUUAAUAAGAUGUUCUAUUUUAAAUUAUGUAAAUUGACUGAGAUAUAGGAGAGCUGAUAAUAUAUUAUAUGGUAAAUAUAGUAUUGUCUGCAUUCCAGCAAAAAUAUCAACUUGUGAGGCACUAGUACAGUCAAACUGACGUCUUAAAGGACAACUUAAACCUGAGCUUUCUAUCGACCAUUUGAGAACCAAGAUACACUGACACCACAUACUUGGUGGGUGAAUCCAAUUCUGUAGAAUUUCUUCACAGGCAAAUUAGCAUGAUCUGAGCAGCAUCCAGACCGACCUCCAGGAAGCAUAGCCACAAACCAGAACGGCAUCUGUCCGUACAUAUCUACAAAGCUAAAACCAGGGCUUCACUCUAAUAUUUGAGGAAGCAACUGAACAGGAGUCAGUGAUUUCAUAUAACUGCAUAUAGAGUAAGAACACGACGGUGUUCCGUGUGUGUGGGUGGGUGGGUGGGUGGGUUUGGGUGUGUGUAUGGGUGCAUUUGUUUGGGGAUGGGGUGGGUGGGAAGAAGCUGAGGGCAGAAGUCAGCAUUUCUGAAAUAUUGCCUGACUAUUUAAAAAGAAAAAAAAAAGUAGCUCUCCGUUAUCACCUUUAUACAAAUGUGCAUCCUGUGAAUUCUGCUCCAGAUUUCAUACCUAUAAUAAUUCCAAAAGGUUUGCACAUUAGACUUUGUAACAAAAUAUUUUAUUAUACAAAACCGUAUUAGAAGGAAUGCAGAAUAUUUUUAACACAGCAAUCUGUGCUUAUUACACAAAAUUACUUUGUGGUAAACAGACAGUAUUGUAAUCCCAUCAAAAGAUGAAAAAAUAAACAAUUAGCCAUAGUUCUGAAUGCACUUCAAUUAAGCCAAAACAGACAGCUAGUGAUCUUUUUAUAUGCUCUUUUUACUUAAAUAAGUUUUAAUUUGUCCUUUAAAAAAAAAAGGUGAAACAAUACCAAGAACAAGUUCUAGCAAACUGAAGCAACCUCUUAUGUAUACUAGAUGCUCGAUUUAGGAGGAGUUUUUAAAUGUUCUCAAUGUCAUUAUGUAGUAAAUGGCACUAUUAUGAAGCUACUAGUCAUUCCCUAAGAGUCUUCAAGGACUGCUCUGUGUAACACUGUGACUGCCGUGUGUGCUUAGACACGUAGUUUCCUCAGUGGAUAGCACUCAGUUUAUUCCGUAGUGAUGUUGUAACAAUACUGCCAUUCCCUUCUACUGCACUGCCCAAGGUGUGUGUAGCACAAACAGUUCUCAUUACUAAGGACCAAUUCAGAACUGAAAAGCUAUGCAUAGGACAAGAAAGAUACAUAGAAUGGGGUGGAACACACAGCAUUUUGUCAAGCACUGUGCAAUAUUCCAUAUUUUUUCCCCACUCUGGUAGACGACCACUCUGUGGAAGGGCAGCCUAUUAGCUCACGCUGCAUCCAUGCACUUCUGUGACCCAUUUCAACUCCAAGGCCACAGACAGCAGUGAUGCCCUGAGGUGAAAGUUUAUCUUCGCGAAUACCAAAACAAGAAGGAGGAAAACCAAGUAUUAGUCUCAUGUUCAGACUCUAGGAUAUCAUGCCACGUUUUUUUAAAAACUACAGAGAAUUCAAAAAGGGCUGAUGGGAGGCUUCACACACGAGGUUGGCUGUUUCCUGAUAAAACUAGAAUUCCUGUCAUUCUUCUUUUCUCAUCAAAGAAGAGGCAAGCCCUUGGCCUUUCAGCCCAGUCAGGGCAAACUCGUCAGGACUGGGACAGACACAAAGGACGAGGGAGUAUAACCUCUCUUCUGUGGAUAGCCCGUACUUUUUAAAAACAUAGAUAACAGAAGAGGCACAAGUCAUGAUGUGAGAUUGAAUAUCAGUUUGAACAGAGUCAAAUGAGAAUCUUUCCAAUUUAAAAGACCAAACCCUACCAAAGAGAGGGAGUCGACUGACUUUUAAAAAUUCCUUCAACAUCAGAAACUGACAUUUAAUUUCACUGUAUUCAGCUUUAAGUUGUUCACACUGAAACAAUACUUUCAGGCAAGCAGGUUCGAGCUGCCGAAUACACAUUAUUUCUCGCAUUAAAGUACUACUAAUGCAUUCUCUUGCAACACUGCCAGACAUGGGACUGUCACCAUAGAAUUAGUUGGGACUAUGCCAUGUUUCACCAGUCAGUGAUUGAACCUGCUUUAAAGACCAAGAUUCAUCCUUAGAUAGGCCACAUGUACCUUUCUGACAAAGCUGUGUAAAGUAUUAGAAGCUGAUGCUCUAGAAAGAUCCUAGUUGCCUUUGUGUAUAUUUACUGCCUGCUUGAGUGUUUCUAUGUGUGGGUUUUCUCUGUAUCUUGUAGAAAUGUUGGGGUGUUCUCUUCUGCCAUAUGGCUCGUGGCCCGCGAGCCAACUACUUUAGCUGUAUUUACCUUCGUUUUUGAUGAGGUGAUUUAAAUUUUGUUUCACUUUGUGUAGUGACCCCACAGUAGUUUUCUGAUUGUUGUUAAAAAUGACUUAACAUAUUACAUGGAUAUUCAAUUAAAAUGUUUUAUUUCCUGUUGA